AUGUUUGACCUCUCACCUCCAUCCACAACUCCCAGUCUGUCUGACGACAACUCCAACACUACAAGCAGUCGAAAGACCCGUAACAGCUGCGACGCUUGUGCCAAGUCCAAGUUGCGCUGUGGAAAGCAACAUCCUCGAUGUGAGCGUUGCGUCUUGAGGAAUCAAGCGUGCACUUACGGGCUCGCUCGACCGAAAGGACGGCCACGACUCUCUCAUCGCUCGCCUAGUAUCUCUCUCCCCUGCUCGACAGGUCUAGACCUGAACAUACUCUCUACGUUCUACGAUCCUGAACCGACACCAGACAUCUAUCUCGACUGUUCUUCGGGGACUACAGUCACGUCUACAUCAACUCUCAUUUCUCCUGGCAGUCAACAUCUGGAGGACUGGCAAUUCUUGGACCACGAGCUUAACCUUCCAUUUGACAUCACCACGCCUCAGUUGACUUUUACGUUGGCAACUGCACAGCCAGAUUAUCAGAUGGCUUCGUCGACUAUUCCGGUCUCGCCUUUGCUACGUUCCUCCCGCGCAUUCUCCCCUAGCCCCAGCAACUCCUUCGCGUACAAUCAAUCCUGCACCAGCUUAAUGCUGGACACACUCAAAGAACUCCACCUUCCGCUUGACUAUUCUGUCCCGGAUGUGGACAUGUCUGAAUGUCCAAACAUUGGUACAGUCUUGCGGCUCAAUAACGAUGCAAUGGAUAAGCUUACAUCGGUGCUGGAAUGUGAUUGCCCCGUGAUAACUCCACCCUAUUUCUCCGCGUUGGUGGCCCAAGCGAUCAUCAAGAUUCUCAGUUGGUAUGAUAAAAUCAUUUCAGACUGUGAAACCUUGAGUUCUCAGUUGGGCACUACAGUCCUGGAGUUUGCUCCAUUCAAAAUUGAUGGAAUUGAAUUGAGCAAAAGUUAUUCUAGAAUAAUGGUGGUCCAGGUUGUGAUGAAUGAAUUGGACAGAGUACAAACAUUAGUGGGGAUGUUUGCUCGCAUUUACUGUCGCCAUCACAAUGACUCCCAAGAUGACCAAGAACUGUCUAUGAGUAUCGCCUUUGAGGAAGCAUUGCGGAGAAGACUGAACGUGACCAGAAGCCGUGCGGAGAAGACAAUGGCUGGUUAG